AGUUUACCUCACCAAAAAUCUAUUUUGGUGGCUAUGACAAACAGUCAAUGGAAAACGGGUACGUUGACACGGAGGGCCCUCACUGACAGCGACAUGGGAACAGCCCCCUCCCACUCAACAAGUCACCCACCACCGUAUAGAAUACUCUUCAUCUAAAGGGCGACCACCCUGGCGAAUUUAGAUAGCAUUAUUAGAGAGGAGGCCCAGAUCGCCAUCCAAAGAAUUAGUAGCAGGAAUCGAUCAGCUCACUACUCAAGCAAGCAAAGCUGCAAAGGGUGUGGGGGAACGAAAGGGAGAGCGAGCGGCCGGGUCGGCGAUGUGCUGCGGCGGCGACGACGGCCGCGAGUGCCGGCCGCUGGGGUUUCUGCUGGGCCUGCCGUUCGCGGUGCUCGCCGUCCUCGUCUCCAUCGUCGGCGCCAUCAUCUGGAUCAUCGGGCUGCCCAUCUCGUGCAUCUGCCCGUGCUGCCUGUGCGUGACGCUGCUGCUGGAGGCGGCGGUGGAGCUCGUCAAGGCGCCGCUGCACGUCAUGACCUGGUUCACCUCCAAGAUCCCCUGCUAGCGCCUGAUGCGCUAGGUAGACGAUGAUGGGGGUCAUGGCCAUGGCAGACGGCAGGAUGAUUUCAUUUGUAUUGGGCUGUGGCUGCCGAUCGAUGUGCCUCUUCUUUCUUCUGUUUCCUCGCUCAUGUGCUCAUGUGUUGAUUUGAGUAUAAGAUGGAUUGAUUCUCGUGCAUGUCGCUUCUGGCAUACAUGUUGUACAUGAUUAUGAUGCCUUUUUUUUUC